AAAUGUACCGAAUUUAACAUUUUGCUACUACGGACAGAGAACAAGAACCGUACUUACAUUAUUGUUAUAUACAUGGUAAUCUCAUUGAUAUUUUAUAUUUACACGUAAAUCUUUUGUAUUCAAUCUGUUUUGAAUUCAGACAAUUAUACUGAAACGGCAACACUGGUGACAGAUGAUUCGUUUGUUUAUGUUUUAAGCCUAGAUUUGUCUUUGUUUCUCAGAACACAUUAAAAAGAGACAUGCAGACUCCAGAUAUUUUAUUAAAUGUCAUAUGAAUUUGUAUAUCUUAACCUCAUUUAAUUUAUGUGUUUUCCGAAGAAUAUUUUAAAUGAAAAAUACGUUUCAACAAAAAUCUAUUUGUACGUUUUAUAAAACUGAAUUAUUAACAUGCCCCAAGGCAGGAGAAAGACUCCGUUUAGUGGGAAGGCCAAAAAGGAGCAGUUAAAAUCCAAACGAGAAAAACAUGGAGGCAAAAACGUGCCUUUUUUGGACAGAAAAGGGGACGACAGCGAUGACGAUUCGGGGCCUUCCAUCCAGAAACUGAAUUAUCAACCUACAAAGAGCGGUAGAUCCAAACCGAACAGAUAUGCAUUACAAUUUUUUAGAGAAACGAAUGAAGAAGUUAAAGAGAAAAAGGAACAGGCUCGACACAGCCUGGUCAAGGUGGAUGAAAAAGAAUUAGAAAUAGACGGAGAUCUUUUUUUUGAGAAUAAAUUAGAUUUCCCCAAAAGACCUCCUUGGAACUUUGAUUUGUCAAAAGAACAACUUGAUGCACAAGAAAACAGAUAUUUUACCGAAUAUUUGAAGACUAUAGAAGCUGGAUUUGAUAUGAAAGAACUUAGUUACUUUGAACUAAAUUUGGAAACGUGGAGACAAUUGUGGAGGGUUCUGGAAAUGUCUGACAUAGUACUCUUUAUCGUGGAUAUUCGUUUUCCAGUAGUUAUGUUUCCACCAUCUUUAUACCGAUAUGUAACUGAUGAUUUAAAGAAAGAUUUCAUCUUGGUAUUGAACAAAAUAGAUUUAGCACCGGCUCCUCUAGUGGCAGCUUGGAAGCAUUACUUUGAGCAGAAAUAUUCUCUUCUAAAAAUAUGUCUGUUUACUAGCCUUCCCGGCUACAAUCUUAUGGGCCAGAGAUUAGAUAAAGGAGGGUUGCAAGUUAGAAGGAGAAAAGGUAGGGUACGCAUGGCUGCCGAAGGUAAUCAACAGUUAUACGAGGUGUGUAACAGUUUAGUGGGAGAUAAAGUAGACUUAACUUCGUGGCAAAGUAAAAUAAAGGAAGAAAUACGGGAAGAAUAUCAAGAAGAGGAAAAAAUUGAAGUGGGUGAGACCCUUCACGUCCAAAACAACACCGAUUACUUCCAGUACGAAAGGUUUAAGAGUGGCAUCCUUACCAUCGGCUGUAUAGGGCAACCUAACGUAGGAAAAUCGUCACUGAUGAACGCCAUAAUGGGAAAAAAAGUGGUCAGUGUCUCGAAAACUCCCGGCCAUACCAAACACUUUCAAACGAUAUUCCUAACAAAUAACGUAAGGCUAUGCGACUGUCCCGGUCUAGUGUUCCCGUCAAAAGUGCCCAAACCGUUGCAAGUGCUCAUGGGUAGUUUUCCAAUAGCUCAGUUAAGAGAACCGUAUAGUACCAUUAAAUAUUUAGGCGAAAGACUGGAUUUGAUAAAAAUGUUGAGGAUAGAACAUCCGUACAACGACGAAACGUGGUCGGCCAUGGACAUUUGCGACGGGUGGGCGAAAAAACGAGGCUAUUUGACAGCCAAAGCCGCCAGAUUAGAUUCCUAUAGGGCCGCGAAUAGUUUGCUUAGAAUGGCGCUAGAUGGCAAGAUAUGUCUGUGUCUCAGGCCGCCUCAUUACACUCGUAGACGAGAAUUUUGGCAAACUCAUCCUGACGUCGAAAAAGUUAAGUGGAUCCAGGCGUUGAGCAAAGAAAUCGAAGAUACCAUCGAGAGUUUGGACAAGGCCGUUGGUGGAGCGGUUAGCGAUGUUUCUACUGAUAACGAUGAACCUGUCAGCCAUCGUACCGUCACCGAAGAAGACUCAGAUGAAGAGCUUUCUUCCGAUCUCUACGAGGAUGCACCUGUUAAUUCUUCAAACAAAUACGCCACGUUGGAAACCGAAGAUUAAUAUAAAUACUCUCAACUGUCGACCGUUACUCAUAUUAUUUUUUCUAUAUUUAUGCUAUUCGUGUUAAAAUUUACUUUUUACUGUUCUAAUAAACAAACGUUUAAAAAAU